AAGUUUUAAUUAAACCAUCCUGAUUUACUUAUAGCUUGUUCCAAAUCAUAAAUGAAUAUGUCAUAUAACAUACGGAAAUCACAAUGUUUGUCACAAACACUUUUUGGUGUCUAAAAUCAGCAAGUCUGUUUAGGUCCCUGAUCAGCUGUGCAUCUUUGCAUCUUAAAUUUCUCUCUUCCCCUCUAACACACACACACACACACACACACACACAAACUGAUUGUGCUGCUGCCGUCCCCACAGAACUAAUGACUCACUGGAGUGACUCAUCCCCUUUCCUUCCUCCAUCACAAACACUCUACACAUCGUUGUAUUAUCUCCAUGUUUAACCUGAGCAAAGAUUGAAGAAAGACUGAGAUUUUUUUUUUUUAAUCGGCCCAUAUUUUUUUUUUUGAUAGGCCCAUAUUUGGGAUCUAAAAAUGAUCUCUCUCUCUGUGUGCUGUUGUGUUGAUGAAAUAAGGCUAAAUGUGUUCUGACAGAAAACAAUCGAGGACAAUCAAGGAUGGUUAUAAAUUGGCAGUGUCCCGGGGGCAUUAGAAGACUCUUGUUUGGGUGUUGCAAGAAAGCCGUGAUUGUCAAGAAACCCAGGAAAAACCAAGGACAGUAAUACGAAGACUUGGAUGUCCAGAUGGAUGAGGGAGUCGAUUGCACGGGUGUGGCGGACAAUGGAGUGUGUUUUGUGUGCAUGAAGUCUGCUGCUCCAAGCAUUUUCUCGGCUGACUAAACUUGUUCCUUUCUGGAGAUGGAUCAGACAGGAGUUUUUUUAUGAGACCUGGAGAGGGAGACACAGCCACAUCCCCCUCACUAACCCCAGGGCCUGGCUCAGGUGGGACGAAAGAUUUCUUUCAGAUGAAGGUGAUAAGAGGUUCUGAGGAGGGCUGUAUCUUCUAUGAAGGGUGAUGACUGUGGCGGUGUGUCUUCUCGGACCUCCUCUCAGUCCAACUCCCUUGUGACCGGCAGCACGGCACUCCCAGUGCUCUCACUAUUAAGUCAUGAGAUGUCUCCAGGUUCCCCUGUGCCCGCUGCAGGUGACGGGUUCUUGCAGGCCUGUGUGGACAGGAGGAGCCGCUGCUGGCCUUCGGGACUGGAAAGUAUGCGCUCUGUGGCCACAGUCCCACCUCUCAGCCUGGGAACGGAAGCAGGGAGUCGCAAGGGAAAUCAAGCAGACAAUCAGAGCAUGACAUCAGAGUACAAGCCAAGGCCGGAAAUGCGACAGGUCCCGCCACACGCAACAUGCGAGAUGCACCCUUCGACACGUACGAUGCACACCAUGCCGCCGGGAAACACAGGGACACAGCAACACAGGCUUGAUGGACAAACCAGACCGCCGCACACACAUUUCAAGAGGAAAAUGAUGGCCAUGGAUGUGCAGGAGCAAGUGCGCCCACUCUCUGCCUGUCCAGACCCAAUCGUAUGUAGCCAAGGAGAGGUAAAGGACUUCUUGUUGACCUGGUGUGUGUGUGUGUGUGGAUGGUUGAUGCUAUUUGUGUAAUACUGCCCCUAGCCUCAGAUCAGAUGAGUCCCAUGUUAUCCCAUGCAGGGAGCUGUCUAAACUCAUGGAAACACUUAAUGCGUGUGUUUUUAUGUAAGUUUGUGAGGAGUCGCGGGGGUGUCACUGUCUGACAGGAUGCUUGGGUCAACUGUCUACGUGUGAGUGCAGCCGGGCCUGGGCCAGCGGGUCAGGGUUGGGCAGACCACAGGAAACGGCCAAGACGUUCUGGCCCAGUGCUGGAGGACUUAACCCUUGCACUGCCAGCCUGGUCGCGCUCUCACUUUUGCCGGAACUGAGACUUCUAACUUACAAAAAAUGGUGCAAAUGCUAAGUUUUGUUUCUGACAAAUGCUAGGUUAAAGGGAUAGGUCAACCAAAAUUGGAAAUUCUGUCAUCAUUUACCCACCCUCAUGCUGUUCCAAAUCUGGCUGACUUUCUUCCUGUCGUUCAAAAGUUUUGAAUCGUAUGAUUUUGUUAAAGUGUUUUUGAAAGAAGUCUCUUAUGCAAAGCUGCAAAGAGUAAUAUUGGGAAAUAUUUACAUUCAAUGUUGUUUUAAUAUCAUUAAUAUAGUCUUAAUAUAGUUCAUGUUAAUAUUUGAAAUUUUCAAUGUAAUUUUAGCUACAGUCCGUAACGUUUUUGUGUGUUCAAAGAGCAGUAAACGUUAUGGACUGCAGCUUUAAAGUUUUAGUAAGUUUGUUGUGAGUUUUUGACAUUUUUAUUAGUUUUAAGUCUAAACAGUAUUCAUUCAUUCAUUUUCAUAAACAAGAAUUAAUUUAGUACUUCAACCUAAACUAAAUGAAAAUUUGC